UUUGUCCUGUGCCAAGAACUGGAAUUUAAUUUUUCUGCAAUAAUGUAUAUAGUGAUUAUCAAAAUCUGCAAAUAAAAUUGAACUAGGUAAAAGACAAUUUUUCCAGCUGUAAUCUUCAGCUUAUGUUCGCUCUUUUUAAGAAGGGGAGAGUAAAUUUAGUGUGAGACUGAGAGAUACUUCUCUCCUUCUGCAAUUGCUCUAAAAAAGAAAUUCCAAAAAGAAAGGUCUUGAUCUGUGUCUGGAGGGGUGAAAUCUUGAUUUUUGUUGUGGGUUUUAUCUGUGAAUGAAAUCUUGUACACAAAGAUGGACCAAACAAUUGAAAGGUCUUCAAAUGCACAUAGAAGUUUUCGAGUUCAACCUCCACUGGUUGAUUCUGUAUCAUGCUAUUGCAAUGUUGAUUCGGGCUUAAAAACAGUUGCCGGGGCAAGGAAAUUUGUCCCCGGAUCCAAACUUUGUAUCCAGUCAGACAUCAGUUCCCAUGCACACAAAAGUAAAAACUCUCGGAGGGAGAGGUCAAGAGUGCAGCCACCUCUUCUGCCUAGCCUACCUGAUGAUCUUGCAAUUGCUUGUCUAGUACGGGUUCCUCGUGUUGAACUUUGCAAGCUCCGUCUAGUUUGCAAAAGAUGGUAUAGGCUUCUUGCUGGUAACUUCUUUUACUCUCAAAGGAAGAAUCUUGGAAUGGCUGAAGAGUGGGUAUAUGUGGUUAAAAGAGAUCGUGAUGGACGGAUUUCAUGGCAUGCAUUUGACCCAACUUACCAACUUUGGCAGCCACUUCCACCUGUUCCAGGGGAAUAUAGUGAAGCCCUUGGAUUUGGUUGUGCUGUUCUUAGUGGUUGCCAUCUUUAUUUGUUUGGAGGAAAAGAUCCAAUAAGGGGGUCUAUGCGACGGGUAAUCUUUUACAAUGCUCGAACAAAUAGAUGGCACAGGGCACCAGACAUGCUCCGCAAACGCCAUUUCUUUGGCUGUUGUGUAAUUAAUAAUUGUCUUUAUGUUGCUGGUGGAGAAUGUGAAGGAAUACAGAGGACUCUUCGUUCAGCUGAAGUUUAUGAUCCAAACAGGAAGCGCUGGAGUUUUAUAGCUGAUAUGAGCACAGCUAUGGUGCCUUUUAUUGGGGUAGUGUAUGAUGGCAAGUGGUUUAUAAAAGGUUUGGGAUCCCACAGAGAAGUUCUCAGUGAAGCUUAUAACCCUGAUACAAAUGCAUGGAGCCCAGUCAACAACAGGAUGGUUGCCGGUUGGCGCAACCCAAGCAUCUCCAUGAAUGGUCGUCUAUAUGCUUUGGACUGUCGUGAUGGGUGCAAACUUAGAGUAUAUGAUGAAUCUACUCAUUCAUGGAUCAGAUUUAUUGAUAGCAAGCUCCACCUUGGAAGUUCUCGUGCUAUGGAAGCAGCUGCUCUGGUUCCCCUUAAUGGUAAACUUUGUAUAAUUCGUAACAACAUGAGCAUCAGCAUCAUUGAUGUGUCGAGUCCUGAUAAGCGUGUGGAAACUAACCCACAUCUUUGGGAGAACAUUGCUGGUAAAGGUCACUUCAGAACUAUGUUCACAAAUUUAUGGUCAAGUAUCGCAGGACGAGCAGGUUUGAAGAGUCAUAUUGUGCAUUGUCAGGUGUUACAAGUUUGAGCAUUGGAAGUCUUAGCCACUCUUCUUGAUGAGAACUGAGAGCUGCCUCUACUUUCUGUUUCAAGAACAAAAUUUUCUGGAGUUGCAGUUUCGAAUCAUCAGCAUGCUCCUGCAUUGGUUAUGAAUCAAAUAAUUCCGUUGUUCUUUUACACUUCCAAAUGACCUUCGGCAGCCUUAGCAGUUAUUGCUUGCCUUGAAGUGUGUGUAGAUGGAUGUCUCCUGGAAUUGUUGGGAUUUAAUUCGAAGAGAAGAAGGGGGUUGAGGUUAUUGAUUAAUAGCUCAUGCAUGAAUUUCUAUGGUAAUUUCAUACUUUACAAUUCAUCAAUUGGCAGAAAAUUGUUCAAAUCCAGAGCUACCUUGCUGAUGAUUUUGGCAGUAAAAUUGGGCCUAUUUAUAACAUUCAGAAAGAGAUCAGAUAGCUAUAUGUUUGUACAUCCUUUUGGCCUGUAGUCUUGUACCAAUAACUUCUAGUCUUAGAUACUCUUUUGUGCAUAUAAUGACAUGGAGAUAUAGCUGAUAUCUUCAGUUCCUA